CAGAAAACCCCUCUUCCGCCCGUCGUGUCGGAUCCAGGUCAAGAUCAUCAUCAACAUUAUCAUCAUUGUCUCGAACGCUAUUGCCCUCGCCAAAUUGACCGUAUCAGAUCCAUCACUAACUGCAAACCCAAUUUGUCUCGACUGAGUCUGAUUCCACAAUUAUUAACCAAAGAGUUCAUUGCAAACUCGACCACCGCCAGAAUGUCGAAACGAAUUAUCGUCACCGAAGAGGCCCCCAACCCUAUGCCAUCAGUCUUCCCUCAAGCCGUAGUGGCAAAUGGUCUCGUCUUUUGCUCCGGAAGCAUCGCCAUGGACCCAAAGACAUGCAAGAUAAUCGAUGGCGAUAUUAAAGCCCACACGCAUCAAAUCAUUAAGAACAUAUCUGCUGUUCUUGAAGCCGCUGGGUCUAGCUUGGACAAGAUCGUGAAGAUGAACGUCUUUAUUACCGAUUUCACCAACUUUGGCCAGCUAAAUGAGGUCUACACCCAAUACUUCAAAGGGGCAGAUCUUCCUUGCCGGACCUGCGUCGCCGUCAAACAACUGCCAUUUGAUACUGAUAUUGAAAUUGAGUGCAUCGCUCUAUUGUAGCUGUGGGAUCAAUUUGCGAACUGCUGUGGGAGACGUUUGGGUGAAAGAACUCGGUGGGGCCGAAAUUGCUGGCAAUAUCCAUAUAGUACCUAGGGAGAGAUUCAUUUCAAUACAGCUAUAGAUUACUCGAA